AUGGUACUACACGACAUGCUAUUGUACUAUUUGCUCAACAUUAGCUCAGCAUUCUAUCUUUCGGCAGUUCAUAACGCAUUAUACUUUGUAUUAGAUUGGCAUACUGUUGUAUUGCAUUUUUGGCAUUAUUGCUUGACAUUUGGUUUUCUGUUGCUCUGCACAAUAAUCGGAAUGCAACGAUGGAGUAGGUCAUUACCGAUCACUCCGUUCAUAUUACCGAUCACUACACAAAUCAUUAUUGUUCUACUUUCAAAUCGGAUACAUUCACAAAUGCGCUCGGGUAGCUUAUACUUACUUAGGCUAUUCGACUUUUUAACAACACUUACCGUGGGUAAAUUCUCCAACUGCCUACUUAGAUCCGAUAACAAUCCCCCCAUCAGUUUGCUGGGUGGUGAAGUUUAUCUGCAUAGGUUAGAUCUAUCUGUAUUUCAGCCUUGUAAGUGUCAAAUGAUGCAUCCAGCCGACUAA